AUGAAGAUUCUGUUCAUCAUGCUCCUGAUCUUGGCCGGUAUCGCUGUCGACACGGUUUCCGCAAAUACGAGAAUGCCGGAAUGUGACUGGACUUGCCUCGACAGCGGCGCUCGUGAUACCUGCUGUCGCGCUCGCGGCUACGUCGAUGGCGCCUGCAUCAUACGCCCCGGCAGCGGAUGGGGAGUUGUCUGCGACGGAUUCUCGGGA